AUGGCCAGUGACAUAAAGGAUAUUAAGAACUCUCAAUCUCAACUCAGAACUGAUGUUGCUUAUUGUAGAAACUUGCUACAGCAACAUUCGGACUCGAUCUCUCGGCAUGAUGACUUAAUAGCGGCCUGCGAAACCAACAUACAAAAUAUCCAGGUUACUCAGAGCUGUCUUCUAACAUUGCUAAUAUUGAAUCGAGACUUGCAAGAUCUAUGGAGACGAUGCACUCAGGCAACGGCGCUUCUUCUACCCCUAUUGCUCCAUGCUCCCAAGCAGAGACAAUGGAGUUAUUUAGACGUUCCCACAAUAUCAUUCUGA